CCCUGUGAGAUUUAGAGAGAGGACAGAUUUUUUGCAUCCAUCUUGACUCAUCAGCCAAAGCCCCAGACCAACCGACCAGACAGAAAGAGAGACCCCAUCCCUUGCCCACUCUCCCCUGCUGCUAGCUAGCACCAGCAUGGCAGACAGUCGACAGCCAGAAGACGGUACCCCCCAGUGGGACCCAUCAGGAGGGCAGGAGCCUGCUGGCACCCACGGAGCCAAUGGCUACUCGGCCUCAGCAUACAGGACGUGCCAGCCUGGCGGGGCCCACAUGGCCGCAGCCUCCUACUCUGCCAGGGAGAAUGGAUUCAAUGGGGAGCUUACUGGGGCUCACGCUAUAACUGCAGAGCAAGUGUCAGCGCGUAUUGUGCAGGAAGUGACGGCAGAAGCUGUGGCAGUACUGAAGGGAGAACAGGAGACUCAAAGGUUGCCAUCAGUUGAAGACACCACCAAUUUGCCUCCCUCUCCUCCCCCCUCACCUGCUGCAGAGCACUUUGGUCCUCUGGAACAAGAUGUAGGGGAUGAGGAGGAGGCGGGCCCUCUCCGCCGCUUCCAAAAUUCUCGGGAGAGGUGCAAGUUCCUCGCCCCCUCCAUCUCAGUUUCCGUGCCCGAGGACGACCCCUACCACUCCGACGAGGAGUACUAUGAGCACCCAUUGUUCAGCCCAGAGUGGACGCACUCGGGCUCUCGCCCCACAGGGCAGGCCGUGGCCUUUAGACAGAUUGAAGAAGAGACCAUGGAGGCUCUUACAGCUGAAUACGAGGAGGAGGUGGAAGAGGAGGAGGAGAGUGCAGAGGCAGCAGAGUCCGAGGCAGCUCUUGAUGAGCAGCAAUGGAGUGGGGAAGAGCCUGAGCUGGACAGCCCCCAAGCUGAGCCCUUAGAGCAGGCAGAGGCCAUAGACGAGGCUCAGGACCUAGACCUGGAGCCGAUCGAAGCAGUUAGUGCUGCUGCAGAAAGCUCAAUGGACAGAGAGGAGGAGGAAGCAGAGGGUGAGGAGAGCCCUGAGACAGCAUCACAGUUUCCUCAUGCCGGUUCCGUCACAUACCAUGCCAUAUUCUCAUCCAUCUGUGACUUGGUGGACCCCAUAAUCCCGCCGUACUUCUUCAGUGAUGGCCGUAUCAUUGUGCUCCAACUUACAGAUGUCCUUUCAGCUUUGAAGAUGGACUCAGACAAGCAGGGAAGUGGGUCCAUGAGUCCAGACAGCAUUGGAUCAGAGAAACGUCCAGAGGAGUUUUUUGAGCCCCAGGUCCAAGGGUUCUUUGCUGGUGAACGAGUUGUACCAGAGAGCCCCACCAUGGAUAUGCCGUCCUUUGUACCUCAAAAUGUUCAAAACCAAGCCAAAGAAUCUGCCAGAUCUCUCAUGCUUCAGCCUCCAUAUGGUGAACCAAUCACAGUGUCAGAGAAGCAGCCGUCAGUGGAGGUGGUGGAGUUCAGCAGCAUUGGUGCACCUUCUGACUUUUCUUCAAUGGGAGUCAAAGUUCAAGGAGGAGACUCAACGAGAGACACAAGAGACAGAUCUGGCAUGUCAGCAUAUUUUGAAACAUCAACUGUUGAGGCUGAUGAGGGUAAGGGUGAAGGUUAUUAUGAACUGAGCACAGCUGGUGAAGAGAAGAGUACAACUGAUUCCGGGUCUCAGGAGAUCAGUUACAGCACACUAGCUGAAGCCCAGGAUAAACCUGAAACCAAAAAAAGUACACCAGAAGACACUGGAGUGUUCACACUUCCCGACAGGAGUAAUGAAUGCCGACUUUCCCCGGGUAAACUGGCCUUAGAGCAGAGGAGUUACUCUCUUAACAUCACCAUUGGAGCAAUGGAUCAGAGUGGCCAAGGCAAACCUAGGAACUUCUCCCCACUGGCCACAGAUAUCAUGUCAUACACUAGUGGAAGUCUAGAUGAGUCAGCAGACUACCUCCCAGUCACUACACCCUCUGUGGAUAAGCCUCCAUCCUUCCCUCCCCUGAUCCUGGAGACUGCAGCUUCCAUCACUUCAGAUUCCUCAUCUCCUCCAAGGACCACUGAACCGGUUUCAAAACACAGCCCUGAACCAGAGUCACCAGAAUCACCGCAGCCCCCUAAAAAUGCCUAUAAAAAUGGCACAGUGAUGGCACAAGACUUACCUGAGAUGUUGGACCUUGCUGGUACCCGUUCUAGACUGGCAUCAGAAAACACUGACCCAGAAAUUAUCCGGAGAAAGUCAAUUCAAGCUGAUGUCCCUGCCUUUGCUGACGACCCACUGGCUAGCCUUGUGUCAGGGGAACAGAGUCCUGGGGCCAGAAAAAGUGAGAGCCAGCUAGAGGAGAUGGGCUAUUGUGUGUUCAGUGAAUAUUCAGGGCCCAUGCCAUCUCCUGCAGAUGUAUUUAGCCCUACAGACACUUCUGCACAGGUCUUCACCCCCUCAGUUCUGGAGGAGAAAGUGGCUGAGCAGGCAAGGAAAUUAGCCGUCAGAGACACAUCUGUGGAGGACAAGAGCCAGCCGUCAAGAGCUGCUGAAGUCGCUGAAGAGAAAGACCAGAAGCAGGUAGAGAGAAAAGGUUCUGUUGAAGAAAAAGGCAAGGAGAUUGCAGAUGGUCAGCUGACUAAAUCUGCAAGUGAGCAGGAGAAACCACCUGCUCAGCCAACUGAGUCCUUUGUGACACCAACGGUCACUGUGACUCUAGAAGAAGGAGGGAGGUCACUGAGUGAGACUGAACGACAAGCCAGUGGCGAAGGCUCAGCAUCUGAAACUGAGAUUGCUGACUACGAGAGGCAGAUCCGCAAAUUAGAGAUGGAGGACAGGCCCCUCAGUUUGGAGGAGGAACGAGAACUGCAGGAGCUUCGGGAGAAGGUGAAGCUGGUCCACCAGGAGGCCUAUGAGGAAGUGGAUGCUGAAGAUGUCUACCAGUUGACCGGAGUAGCCAAGGACCGUAUUGCCAGGCCAGUGAAAACUUCACCUGCUUCAUCUGUGGAGAGCAACAUCGAUGAUGACAAGCUGCUCUCCCCAGUGCUCUCACCUUCCAAGCUUAAACAAAGAGAGGUUUAUGGCUCCCCAAAAAGAACACCUUCACCGGUGUUAGGAAUAAACAAAGAGGAGAAAGUGAAAGUGGAAUUAGAAAGAAACAUGAAAGAAGAGCAAGAGAGGAAAGAGAGGGAAGAGAAAGAAAAGAAAGAGAGCGAACUGAAAGAGAAGGAAGAGAAAGAGAAAGUGGCUGAGGUGGACAAAAAGGUUGCAGACAAGCCUCAAGAGAUAGCAAGACAACCAGAGGAAAAAGUAGCCUUGACACCUGCUGAAAAAGAAGCUGAAAAACCUGUGGAGGCUGAGCAGGAGGAAGAGGGAGGUGAGGAAGACAUGUUAGAGAAAGCAGGGGCAGGAGCUGGGGCAGUGGGAAUGAAAGAGAUCCCAGAGACUCGUGCUGCCAUCGAAUCAGUGGUGACAGUUGAAGACGAUUUCAUCACUGUGGUCCAGACCAUCGAUGAAGCAGAGGAGCCGGGACACAGUGUUCGUUUCUCGGCUCCUCCUGAGGCUGAAGGCCUUUGUGUCGGUGCCCGGAAGGAGGAAGACGAGGAAGACGAGGAAUCUGUGGAGUUAGCCCAAGAAGCAGACAUGGAGGCUGCCAGUCUAGAGGAGGUUGGUGAUGUUCCUGAGACCCCUGCCUCCCCCGAGAAGGAGGCUCAAACCAUAGAAACAGAAGAACCAACAGAAAGCUAUGAUAGAGAUGAGACCACAAUGGACGACUCCAUCCUGGACAGCUCCUGGGUUGACACACAAGAUGAUGAUAAGAGUAUGUUAACAGAGCAGAUUGAGCCUUUGCCCAAGGUGCCCAGCCCAGUCAAAAAGCCUGGUGUGGUCCCGAACAAACAGACACAACAGAAGAAGCCAGAGAAACAGGAGAAGCUGGUCAAACCAAAGACCAAAGGAGGGCGGGCUAGAGGUCGAAUCUCCACACCAGAACGCAAACCUGUCCGCAAAGAACCUGUCUACAUCCCUAGAGAGGAAGUCAAGAAGAAAAAAGCUGUGAUAAGGAAGACUGAGCUUUCCAAAAAAAUGGAGAGUCAGUCUCAAUCCCCAUCUAAGAGGAGCAUGAUGAAAUCAGCUGUUCGCGAGACCCGCUCCACCCAGCACCACUCCUGCCCCAGAAGGAGAACCACAGAGGCCCUACCAGACAGUCGUCAGCCUCUCAGUGUUGCAAGACAGUCUCGCGACACAGCAUCGGACGGAGGAUCACGAAGCCCAGACAAGAGGUCCUCUCUGCCGCGGCACGGCUCAAUUCUGAGUCGCCGUGGGUACCAUGACCACGAGGAGAGUUCCACCUCCAUCACCAGCUCUGGCUCCACUGCUCCCCGCAGACCCACAUCGUUUCGCCCUGAGAUGAGGGCAGAGCAUAGGACAGGACGAGCCCCUAGCAUGACAGUAACAGAAUCAGUCCGCUCCCGUUCGGCUCGCAGUGGCCAUUCCACCCCCCGUACUCCUGGCUCCACAGCCAUCACCCCAGGGACCCCUCCCAGCUACUCAUCAUCCUCAAGGACCCCUGGAACCCCUCGCUCCCUCAGCUUGAUUUCCCAGGAGAGGAAGGUGGCAGUAGUCCGCACCCCACCCAAGUCGCCUGCAACCACACCCAAGCAGCUUCGCAUCAUUAACCAGCCACUGCCUGACUUCAAGAAUGUCAAGUCCAAGAUCGGCUCCACAGAGAAUAUCAAGUACCAGCCCAAAGGAGGACAGGUUCUCAUCCCCAGUGUUAAGCUGGACUAUAGCCAUGUUCAGUCUAGGUGUGGGUCCUUGGACAGGCGGGGCUACUCAGCAGGAGGUGGAAACGUGCAGAUACAGAAUAAGAAGAUUGAUUUGAGCCACGUGACCUCCAAGUGUGGCUCUCUAGACAACAUCCAUCAUCGGCCAGGGGGCGGUAACGUGCGUAUAGAGAGUGUGAAGUUGGACUUCAAAGACAAGGCCCAAGCCAAGAUUGAGAGCCACAGGCUGGCAUUUCGCGACCAAGCCAAGGCCCGAGUGGACCAUGGAGCUGACAUCGUCAUCCAGUCGCCAGGCCUGUCUGGUUCUGUGUCUCCCCACCGCCACCGGGACAGCCACCUCUCCUCCUCCGGCAGUCUCAACAUGAUGGAGUCACCGCAGUUAGCAACCCUGGCUGAGGAUGUCACUGCGGCUCUGGCUAAGCAGGGUUUGUGAACACUGGAUCUGUGGGUUCAUCCUCUGCACCACAGACAUCCUCAGCCUGAUUCCCUCAAACUCUCUUUCUCUCUUUCUGCCCACUCCUGCCACCUAGAGGCCAACUUCAGCUAAACCACAGCCUCUGAACAUCUCCACUCCAAGAUCCAUUUCUCAACUUUAAGUAGGGACUCAAAUUAGGAGCUACGGUACUUUGGUCCUCUUUAUUUUGAUCCUGAAUAUGUGUUAUAUCAGAUUCAUUAUGUUGGCCUCUCUCUUUAAAUGAUGUUGCAUAGAAUAGUUCAGUCUGAGCACUCACUGGUCAUAGAUAAGAUUAAGUUUGUAAGGACCAGGUAUUGGCUUGACUGGCCCUGGAUCAGUGUUUUGAAGAAGCUAUUGCCUUUUUCUACAUAAAAUAAGAAGUAAUGUGGCCAGCACACCAUGCAGCACAUGUUGUUCUUGCUCAGUAAACGUGCAUGGACGCCAAACCACCUAACAAACCAAGCAUCCUUACUGCAAGUCAUUCUUGUCAUCAAGUAUAUAAUAUGAUAUAUUUAACAAAUAUAUAUAGAAACAUGUAUAAAAAUACAAGUUCUUCGCCAUCUAAAUGUCCUCAGAACAUUUUAAAAGGAAGUGACAAUAUGGCUAUAAAAUAUACCUGUAAAAUUGCAUUAUUGCAAGAACUAGGUCUAUGUUAUGACAAGCAUGUAUUGAUUCAAAUAUUAAAAGAGGCUAUUUUGUAAUUUAAAAAAAAAAGGAUUUUAGUAAGUUAUUUCCUCAAUUAUUGGAUAAAAAUUAAACAAGUUCAUGUUUUGUAGUUAUUAGUUGUUUACAGUGUAAUGCUUGGUGACAGUGUCAGACAGCUGAUUUGGUGUUGCUAAGGAAUGCAUCUCAGUCCUGUUGACGAGCAUCAUACACUUGUACCUGCUCAGUAGUUCAAUAUAGAAGCCUGUUUAUACUUCAGAACAAUAUUAAAAACUGGAGUUCGUUCCACAAACAUCCAUCCAAAAAGGAAACAGCUCAAAGUAUAUUGUCUUUUCAGCUUACAUGAUUGAACAAUACAGACGUUUCUCCGCUAACAGACUGAUGUUGCACUAAUUGGGACUGUCUCCUGUCUGCACCACAGAAGAAGUCGCUACUGUUUGCAACCUGAGAUUUAGCAGAGGAGCAGCUACUCUGAAAUGUCUGUGUGUGUGUGUGCGUUUGGUGCAGAGCCCAUGUUGUUUUACCACGGAUGCUACCGUAUCUGGAUGUUAUGUUGCAAUAUGUGAGAGAAGAAAUGGGAAAUGCUUUUUUUGAAAAAUCCAUUAAAAAGACACUUGAUGAAGAAAAAUAAAACGACUGAAGGAACUCAGUCAACUCAACUGUUACAUCUGUUAGGAAAGUGUUUGGUCGAUCUAGUUUCUUUUUCAGACACCAUCUGUGGUAUAUCUUGCCUCCUGCCUCAAUACUGCCCUCACCUGCGACUGUUUGUUUGCUUCUGUGUUUUUUCUGCAUUCCCCAUCUCCGUGUGCCCCCUCCCCGCCUCCACCCUACAGCAACUGUAAAUGUAUUUAAAAGGUCAAGUAGAUGUACGCAGUUUUUCUCUUGUUGAUAUGACACCAAUUACAAUAAUUAAUGACA